GCACAUCUUCAUAAUGAAAUCUUCACAAGCUCAGAACCAUCAACUUGCUAUACUAUGUGCUUCUACAGUGCCCAGUUCACAAGAAGCACUAAAGAGUAGCAUCAAUUGUUAUCAACCUUUAGCAGAUUAUUGAAUAGACUGUAGUUACAUGAAACACACUCAGUUCUUCAUGGUCCAUGAUAGUUCUUAUAUCCAGAAAAAUUACUUACAUUAUCAACUCUGACUCCAUAACUUUGCAAAGUCUUUGCUUAUAACUAUAAGUGAAAUAGGGGAAAAUCAGACAAUGGUCACAGAGUUCCUCCUGCUGGGAUUUCCCCUCAGCCCACAGAUUCAGAUGCUCCUCUUUGGGCUCUUCUCCCUGUUCUGUAUCUUUGCCCUACUGGGGAACGGGGCCAUCCUGGGGCUCAUCUCACUGGACUCCAGACUGCACACCCCCAUGUACUUCUUCCUCUCACACCUGGCCAUCGUCGACAUCGCCUACGCCUGCAACACGGUGCCCCAGAUGCUGGUGAACCUCCUGCUUCCAGCCAAGCCCAUCUCCUUUGCUGGCUGCAUGACGCAGAUGUUUCUGUUUUUGAGUUUUGCACAGACAGAAUGUCUCCACCUGGUGGUAAUGUCCUGUGAUCGGUACGUGGCCAUCUGCCACCCUCUCCGAUAUUCUGCCAUCAUGACCUGGAGAGUCUGCAUCACCCUGACUGUCACUUCCUGGGUGUGUGGCUCCCUCCUGGCUCUGGUCCAUGUGAGCCUCAUCCUAAGACUGCCCUUUUGUGGGCCUCAUGAAAUCAACCACUUCUGUGAAAUCCUGUCUGUCCUCAGGCUGGCCUGUGCUGACACCUGGCUCAACCAGGUGGCCAUCUUUUCUGCUUCCGUGUUCAUCUUGGUGGGGCCACUUUGCCUGGUACUGGUCUCCUACUCACACAUCCUGGCGGCCAUCCUGAGGAUCCAGUCUGGGGAGGGCCGCAGAAAGGCCUUCUCCACCUGCUCCUCCCACCUCUGCGUGGUGGGACUUUUCUUUGGCAGUGCCAUUGUCAUGUACAUGGCCCCCAAGUCCCGCCAUCCUGAGGAGCAGCAGAAGGUCCUUUUUCUAUUUUACAGUUUUUUCAACCCGAUGCUGAACCCCCUGAUCUACAGCAUUAGGAAUGCAGAGGUCAAGGGUGCCCUGAGGAGAGCAUUGUGCAAGGAAAGUCAUUCCUAACAGGUGUUAAAUUUGAAUCUCCAGCCUUAGUCAUCUCCUGGAAUCAUGGUACC